AAUCGCCCGCCCUGCUCCCCCCUCUCUCUCUGGCGAUUCCAGAUCUGGAUCUGGAUCUAGGGUUUUCCUCCAUGAAAAUUUCACCUGAUCUAUGAAGAUUCUGACCUCUCAGGGUAUUUUUGGUGUUAAUGCUACCUUCGUCAAGGGUCAUGGUUUAAGGAAUGUGUCACGUUUCUUCAGAGAUUCCAGUCGGAAUCCUAGCCGAGAUAAUGGAUGCUCUAGGGUUUAUGAAGAAACACAAAGAUCCUCUUUAAAUGGCUUCCGGUAAGACGAUUAGGGUUCCGGCGUGCUGGACUGCCAUCUCUGUCAAAAAAGGUUCCUCAAAGAUAGUGGUUGUGGGUGGAAGACGAUGACACAAGCCUUGGUAAUUUCAGAUCUCUAUUGACCCUCACCCUAAAAUCAAAUCCAUGUUUACUCGACCUCCAUAUUUUAAGGGUAAAAGUGAAGAUGACUUCUUUGACAGGACUUAAAGCAAGUUGAAGUUUGUACCAGAUAAGGGGACGCGUUUAGAUGGUUGGCUGGAAAUCUUUCCCACAAACUGGAUAUACUGGCUCAGUGUGGCUACUAUAAACUCUACUUGUUUUGUUUCUGUUCUAUUUAAUGGCAUUGUUCAUUGCACCCUGCAAAUGAUUGUUACAAUCUCACAUUAACAAAAACCGAAAGAGAAAAAACAGUUUAUGAAAAACUGCUUUAAUGGCUACACGACAUGAUGCACAAGCAGGACGUCCGCUAAUGAAUAUCGUCAGAAUGAAGGGGGUGCCCAUCCUACAGCAGUUGGAGAUUGAAGAAUGCCUUUUGCGGACCUCAUCGGACAACUGGUGCAUCAUAAAUGAUGGGGCGGAUAGACCCAACAUUGUCAUGGGCAUUUCUGGGAAACCUGCUGAACUUGUUGAAAUUAAACGUGUUCUAGAAGAUAAUAUUCCUGUCAUACGAAGGUUUACUGGUGGCGGGACUGUAAUAGUUGAUCUAGGGACAAUAUUUGUUUCAUUCAUAUGUAACAAGGAUGAUGUUGCAGAUGUACAACCGUAUCCUCGACCCAUCAUGUCUUGGAGCAGCCUUUUAUACAGUCAGGUUUUCGAAGGAAUUGCUGAUUUCAGGCUUCGUGAGAAUGUUGUUGCUUUGACAACUAUGGAAUAAUUAGAGACAUUAUGCAAAACCAUCUGCUUCAGAUAUUGGCCCUUUUUGCUAUGGAAACUCCUGUCAGUUUGGAUGCAGAAGAUAUCAGAAAUGAAAAGGUUUUAUUUUUUGUUUUAGCAAGAAUGAUGACUCUGGCUGGUGGUGACCAAAAAGUGCACGAUGCUUAUUGUUAGUUCUGGCUCACUGGUGAUAAGCAUAUUGUAUACUAUGCUCCAUCUAUUAUACAUUGUGCUUUAAACUCCUAAAACCAUGAUGGUUCUUUUUGAAGCGUUUAGCUCUAUCUGACACUAUUUGAGACUUUUCCAUGGUGGUGACUAGCGAGUCCCAAGUCCAGCUCGACAACAACAGGUGUGUGGUCUGGUGGAUUGAACAAAUGCAUGACAAUGGCGACCGAGGAGUUCUAGAGUUUCAUGAUAACAGAACAUCGGUGAUUGGCAGUGAGUAGAAUCCUUCUGGUGGUAUAUUGCUACCAUCAACAGCAAAGUCAAAACCUCAAAGGUGGAUCUAAGUGUCAAGGUAAUGCUUCCUCUCUAUCAAGCUCUAAUGCUCCAAGGCAGGACAGUUCGGAAGCAACCUUCACGUCGAUGUCUCACCAUAUAUUUUCCGUCUCAAUCCUUCUUCAUUCGCGACGGUUUCGCUCAGAAUGGCUUCCAGUCAACAGGUCAAUUAAAAAAAGGCUACAUUUGUUUGGGUCGAAACGGGUCGAUUAUUGAAUGCUAUUUUGGUCCAGCUAAAAAUGAAUGGUUUCAACUCAUUAAAAUGUCACAUUUCCAAAGCGAUCCGUAUUUUACCUGAACUAAGCGAUCCGUUUUUUACCUGAACUAAGCGAUCCGUUUUUGAAACUGGAAGUACUGUUGUUGGUGGAGGAAACAACGUUGGAAGUUUUUUCUUUAUAUAGUUCUACCCCAUAUGACCAGCUAAAAGCUAUCAUAAUUGGUAAGGUUUUACUUGAAUUUGUUUAAAAUUAGAUCUGUACUUUUAGUAUUGUUUGCCUAAAUAUUAGGAUGAUGAAGUACACGGGUUGAAGCGAGCUGGUUUUUUUAGAGAAAGGGGUGACUCCGGUUCAGAGGCGAGUUUAGGACUCUGUUGAUCAUCGACUACAGAGUUCAGGACUCUGUUGAUCAACGACUGUUGCAACCAUGUCAAGGACUCUGUUGACCAUCGACUACAGUGGGCGACAAUGAAGACUGUAAUAUAAUUUUUUUUUCUGAUUUCAUUUUUUCCCUAUAGAUUCCAAUUUUCAGUUCUUAAAUAGACUUUCAACUUUUACAAGUUUUUAAUCGACUGUAGAAGUGGCAGGGUUGUUUGGAUUUUUUUCCUAUAGGAUACCCAUUUACUUGUGAUCAAGUCAAUUUGGAUUGUUUUUUGUUUUU